AUGUUUAAUAACAGUAACGUGCAUCGAAAAUAUGUUCUAGAACUUGUAGCUAAAUUUCGGGAAACUGGGUCAGUCGCCAAUAAAAAACGCAACAUUGAAAAUCCCAUAAGGAACGAAGCAAUAGAAGUGGGUACCCGCAAAUUGGAGACUGUGUGUGGUGUUAGUCGACGUACUGUCCAACGGAUUCUAAAGGCCCAUAGUUUUCAUCCGUAUAAAAUUCACCUGAAUGAUCGGCGGUACAUUGCGAAUAGGUUGAUGUUCCAACAGGAUGGUGCCCCACCACACGCAUUACGUGUUCGACAAUAUUUAGAUCAGACGUUUCCAGAUCGAUGGAUUGGUAGAAGAGGUGCCAUUGAAUGGCCCCCAAGAUCGCCAGAUUUAUCACCUUUGGAUUUCUUUAUGUGGGGUCAUUUAAAAAGCAAAAUCUAUGCUACUCAGCCAACAUCAUUAGAAGACCUGCGAAGAAUUGUGAAUGAGUGCCUUCAAAUUACUCCUCAAAUAUUGCAAAAUGUGCGGCAACGUUUUGAGCAAAAUCUUAUUAUUGCAUGGAGAGUCAUGGUGGCCAUUUUCAACAUUUACUUGCCUAACGGGUCAGUUCAUUCUUCAUUUUUAAAUUACUUUGCUGCCAAAUGUAUUGAUCCCACUAAUGAUGAUGUAUUAGUUUUAUUUAAGCUUUAA